UUAGCAAGACGGCGUUGUAGGUGUUGAACUGUGUUUUUAAUUAGGCGCCUAAAUUAGACCAUAAAAUGGUUGAUUAAUCUUUUACAAGGAAGAGGUGGAAGGGGGGAGAAGGAGAGAAUAAAGCUUAUGAUUGCACCAAUCUGUUGUCCCAGCACGGGGGGUGGCAGUCGGUAUCAAAGGGACACACGGAGUUUUUAACAUUUAGAGGAGCUGUCAUCAAACUUGGGUUCAACUUCUCCCAUGAUUUCUUCUUAUCAGCUGCUCCAUUUCCAGCCGAAUGGGCCCUACCCCUGUGAGCACACUGCUGGGGGGCUGAGCUGGGGUUUUUUGCUCUUUUAGCUGUGUUCUGGGCAGCUCUGGGUGGCUGUAGAGUCCCAAGGUGGCUCUUGGGUAACCCGAAUGGGUUGAGGAGAAGGAAUGCAAAAUCGUGCUCAGUGCACUGAGGAGAAUGGUAAUAUUUGCCCAAAUAAUGGCUGGGUGCUUUGCAAAUUCUGCCUUAUUUCUGAGUUGGGUUUGAAUGAGACGCAGGAAUUGGGCGGGAUGAAUUUCGGUGUUACAAAUCAGAUCCUGCAUAACUGCAGACUGCCCUGAACCUCAAUGCGUUUUGGUUUCUCAGCGCUCCACAGGAGCGUGCUUAUUGCCACGAGCCCCACUGAGGCUUUUAUUUAUUAUCUGAACAUCAAUAAGGAGAAGCGUUUCUGUUUGCUUGUUAACGGCCCCAUAAAAGCAGAUAAAACCCGCUGUAAAAUAUCUGCCUUGCUGAGCAGGGUGUGCCUCAGCUCUGCUGCUCGGGGGCUUUUGCACAGUUCUCCGUGGGGCCGUUCCGUGCUGCAGCGCCCAUCGCCGCCACUUCAACCCAUCGCCAUUGGGACCAUGGGGACACAACUCUUGGCUACUGGAAGGAGAUUUUCUUCCCAUGGAUCUGAGCUGAUCAGGGACCUCAUGCCCAGGACCCUGGAGGGGCAGAUCACCAUGGAGAAGACCCCCAGCUACUUCGUCACCAAGGAGGCCCCGGCGCGCAUCUCCUCCAUGGCCAAGGGCACGAAGCUGAUCGUGGUGGUGCGGGACCCCGUGACCAGAGCCAUCUCGGACUACACGCAGACGCUCUCCAAGAAGCCCGACAUCCCCACCUUUGAGAGCCUGACCUUCAAAAACAGGACUACGGGCCUGAUCGACACCUCGUGGAGCGCCAUCCAGAUCGGCAUCUACGCCAAGCACCUGGAGAACUGGCUGCUCUACUUCCCCAUCGGGCAGAUCCUCUUCGUCAGCGGGGAGAGGCUCAUCAGCGACCCCGCGGGGGAGCUGGGCAGGGUCCAGGACUUUCUGGGCCUCAAGAGGAUCAUCACCGACAAACACUUCUACUUCAACAAAACCAAGGGCUUCCCCUGCCUGAAGAAGGCGGAGGGCAGCAGCAAACCCCACUGCCUGGGGAAAACGAAAGGCAGGACCCACCCCGACAUCGACCAGGAGGUGGUGCAGAGGCUGCGGGACUUCUACCGGCCCUUCAACAUGAAGUUCUACCAGAUGACGGGGCAGGACUUCGGCUGGGACUGAGGCUGGCGUGGGAAAGUCCCCUGUAAUUACUUGCCCAUCACAGUUUGCGUAUAUAAAGAGAUAUAUAUGUAUGUAAAAUGUACAGAAAUCUAUUUUAUAAUAAUUUAUUUUUAAUUCCUAAGCAAUUAAUUCACUAAGCUGCCUAACCGCACUGGCUAGAACGGUAGCCUGUAACCUGUUUAACAUUCCACCGUGUUUAAUUCUAAUAUGUCUCUUCUUUUUUUUUUUUUCCUCUUUUUUUUUUUUUUUUUGGUUUGGUUUGUAACAGACGGUGCUUCCAUUUUUCCUAAAGAAGAUUUGUAUUUAAAAAUAAAAAAAGCAAAAAAAAAAAAAAAAAAAGGCAAAAAAAAAAAAAAAAGAAACAGAGGGUGGGAAGGGAGGGAGGGGAAAGCACAAAUUUAUUUUUGUUACGGGUAUCUGGCCUUUAUAAACACUUGCUUUCCCUAUUCCGGUGUCCCGGUCUCUGCUCCCUCAUCCCAGGGGUUCUGUGGGGCGGGUGGGUGCAGAGCUGGUGGGUCAGAGCGUGGGGAAUCCAAGCCAUAGAGCCCCUGCCUGGUGUCCUGUGCUCCUUUCCUCGUGGGGAUGCUGCAGAGCCUGCGGCGCAGGCAGAGUGGACUCUUGAGCCUGCUGCUCCUUGCCCUGUGUCGAGGAGGCUCUUUCCCACAGUCCCUCUAUGCAUUUUAAAUCUUGACUGCAGGACAAAUGUGAAAAUGCAUGUAUAUGUGAGUGCGAUGCACUCUGUGCUGCUCGGAAGCCACAUGUGGUGCCUGCCCCACGGGGGGAGAUGCCAGAGAUACCCGCAGAGCCACCUGAGCCCCCAAGUCUGAGCCUAGCACUGUGCCCUCGGUUGCCCCCCAGGGCACUGCCCCUGCUGGGAAACAACAGCUGGCCCUCUUUACUCCUGCUGUAUUUUGGUUGAACACAUUUCCCAUGCUCUCAAGGAGCAGUAUGUGCUUAGAACUGGGAAAAAUGCUGCUUUGCCAAUGAGGGCAAACCUAUAGAAAAGCAGGGGGAGGCUGGCAGCUGGGCAGGAUAGGAGGCUCUGAGCACCUCGCUGUCAAGCCGUGUGCAGUGACCUGGAAAUCCUUCCCCAGAAGUGGAAUUGAAUGUGUUGGAACGUUAGAACAGGUUGGCAGGGCUCUCCGAAAAGCUCCAGCUGUGUUUUGCAUGCUCAGCAGGUUUUGGUAAUCACUGUGUGUGCCCACUGCCUUGUUGCUGUCAGAGGUUCUGUUAGCUCAGCUGAACACCUGCAGGGCUGUGGUGAAGCUGUAUGGGCUGUGGGCUGACACAGCAGCGUUCCAUUGGGUACCUUGUCCAUGCUGGUGGGGUGUGUGGGGUUCACACCCCUUGUGCAUGUCCUUAAGGAGUGGGAGAUGUCAAGCAUGAUGCCAGGUAGCAAAACUGCAGUGAGCAGGACCAGCUCCCCAUGUGGGCAUUGCCCCCAGACACGUCUUCCUACAAAGAAAGUGUGAUGCAAAUCCUCUCCUCCUUGCACCAAGCCUUUUCUGGCAGUGAAGCAAUGCUUAGGGCCACCAUCCACCAACAGGAGUGUGGGACCCGACAGGUUAGCAGAGCACACCCCGCUGUCCCACAAACACAGCUGAAACCCAUGGUGGUGGUUGGAUCUAUGCACAUUUGGGGGCUUUGGUGCCCAGCCAGGCCCCGUUCCCUACUGACAGAUGCAUGAGCACAUUGCAGACCCCAUGGUGUUGGGUGGCCUGGGAGAAGGAACUGCUUGGGGCUGAUGGGGUGAUGAGAAGGAAACACUUGGUGCUGGAAAAGUGAUGAGGGGUCCCAACAUUCUCAGUAUUCCUACAAGCUGGCUUAUGCAAAGUGCAGAAGGAAAAAGCUUGCCUUCCCCAAGUGAUUCCCACUCUGUGGCUUCCCUGCCAUGUGCUUCCCUUAGGGUGCGUGUGCCCGCCUGUUUUUUGUGCUGGAAGAUUCAGCAUCCCCUCUCUCUUCUAGGAUACAACUUGUUAAUAUCCCGAUGCCUUCCUCAGCUGCGUGGCAGAGCUCAGGCUUCAUUUGUGUUAUCCAACCCUGCUGCAAAACGCUCUCAUGAAGCAAUCCUGUAGAAGAGCAGAAAUACAGAGGGUGAAUAAUAACUCUUCUAACUGUGAGCAAACGGUUAGCCCUGCCUCAGUAUCCUCUGUAAUGAAGUGUGUAGUAGACUUCAUUCACUGUAGAGGCCUUACCUGACAGUGUGACAGCAAAGGUGAAUUCCCCAUGGUGUACGGCCGGUUGCUAAUACUGGAAUCAGUUCUAUUGUCAUCAUUUAAAAACAAAACUUUUGGUGUUUGUUUGUUUUUUGUUUGAAGUUAAGCUUGGAGGUGUGAUUAGAAAUUCUUUUUUUUAUUUUAUUUUAUUUUUUAAACCUUCACAUUGUAACAUUAAUUUAUGGCUGAGUUUCAUUCAGUCCUGUAUUCUGAAGUGCAGUACAGGUAUUAGUGAUGCGUUCUCUGUAACAUGGUACUGUAGAGUAGCCCAUUUGUUAAAAAAAAAAAUAAAAAAUAGUAAUAAUAAUUAAAAAAAAACAACAACAACAAAAUGGAAAGAAAAAAAACCCACAAAAAAGAGAGUCUGAUUAAAAAAUGUAAAUCAAGUAUUUUGUGGUAUGUACAACACAAAUUAAUUUUACACAGAGAAAGAUGUUUCUAGGAAAAUGAAAUUCUGAUAAUUCAUACUAUUUGUAUGAACAAAUAAAAACUCUAUUUUACCAA